AUGUCAUCAGCUGCGCUAUUAGAUCAGGACUUCGGCUCCGAAUCUGAAGAUGACAACUUCAACCCAGCACCCGCUGAGGACUCGGACAACGAUGCUGCUGGUGACUCCGAUGAAGAAGUCAACGUGAGAACGAAUGAAAAUGGUGCUGAGCAGAGGCGGCGCCCCCCGGAACAACAAGCUCAUGACGACGACGAGGAUGAUGAUAAUGAUGCGGAAGGCUCAUUUGUGAACGGCCGACAGAGCAACGGACACGGUACAAGAGUGUCUGCAGAUGAAGAAGAUGAAGGCACCAAAGGAAACGGCGCUGGCAGGCUGAAUGCUACAGAAAAUGGCGGUGACGACGAGGACGAAGACGAGGAAGAAGAAGAGGAGGAGGAGGAUGAAGAGGAAGCUAUUUCCGGCCGGCCACGAAAGCGAGCUCGUCGGGACCCUCGCAACCAAUUCCUUGAUGUUGAGGCCGAGGUUGAUGAGGAAGAUGAAGGGGACGAGGAAGACGAGGGGGAUCAGGCGGAUCCCUUUAUUGCCGAGACACAUCCAGACGACGUCGCUGAUCUCCCAGACGGUGCAGAAACGGAUGAUAGGCGGCACAGGGAGCUUGACCGGCAGCGGGAGAGGGCCCAGCAGAUGGAUGCAGAGAAACAGGCCCAGCUACUGAGAGAAAAAUACGGGCGAAGAACGGCUACUAACGCAGAUGCAGUCACGGUUCCAAAGCGUCUUCUACUACCAAGCGUAGAUGAUCCAAGCAUAUGGGGCGUGAAAUGCAAGCAGGGAAAGGAACGUGAGAUCGUCUUUGCGCUCACAAAGAGAAUAGAGGAAAGGGCUGGCACAAAAAAUCCAAUGCCAGUCAUCUCUGCAUUCGAGCGUGGUGGGACUAUGAUUGGUUAUAUCUACAUUGAAGCCAGGAGGCAGGCGGAUAUACAUACGGCUCUUGAGGGCAUCAUGAACGUGUACCCCAGAACCUCGAUUGUCAUGGUUCCCAUCAAGGAAAUGCCGGACCUGCUACGAGUUACCAAAAGCGAAUCCCUGGUUCCUGGCGGCUACGUUAGAAUAAAGCGCGGAAAAUACGCAGGUGACCUGGCACAGAUCGACGAGGUAGAAACAAAUGGGCUCAUGGCGUCGCUACGAAUCGUUCCUCGACUUGACUACGGACAGGCCGAGGACAACAACGCGCCUAUGGUUGAUGGUGGUAUAAGAGGAGAGGCACAGAAACGGAAGAGACAGAACGCUGUGGGCCUCAACAAUCCGGCAACCCGACCUCCACCUCGGCUUUUCAGUGAUGUCGAGGCGAAGAAGAAGCACUUGAAGUUUCUUCAACAAAUGUCUACGUUCGACAAGAAACACUGGCAAUAUAUGGGAGAUACAUACAUUAGUGGCUUCUUGAUCAAAGAUUUCAGGAUCCAGCACUUGACAACAGAGAAUGUCAAUCCUACGCUCGAGGAAGUCACUAGAUUCACAGCAGGCGCGGAGGACGGCACAGAGAAUCUAGAUCUUUCAGCUCUGGCGGCAACGUUGAAAAAGGGCACUUCUAAUGAGAACUACCUCCCCGGCGACAUGGUCGAGGUCUACGAAGGCGAACAACAAGGUGUCAGUGGGAAAGCUGUUGCAGUGCGUGGUGACAUUGUGACCAUCGCCGUGAUAGAUGGAGAACUUCGUGGUCAGAACAUAGAGGUGCCAGUCAAAGGUCUCCGCAAACGUUUCAAAGAGGGUGAUCAUGUCAAGGUCAUCGGUGGCAGUCGAUAUCGAGAUGAGGUUGGCAUGGUGGUCAGCAUCAAGAACGAUACUGUCACACUCUUGAGUGAUCUAAGCAUGCAAGAAAUAACAGUCUUCAGUAAAGACUUGAGGGAAGCAAGUGACACUGGUGUUGCAGGGGGCCUUGGAAGGUAUGACAUACAUGACUUGGUACAGCUUGAUCCUGCAACAGUGGGCUGCGUGACAAAGGUGGAUCGAGAGUCGUUGCGCGUCUUGGAUCAAAAUGGGUCUACGAGAUCCAUCAUGCCUUCGCAGAUCUCUAACAAAAUCGAGAAGCGACGGCAUGCAGUAGCUACAGACCGAAACGGAUCCGAAAUACGAACGGAUGAUACUGUUCGCGAGAUUGGUGGUGAGUCGAAACAGGGUGUCAUUCUACACAUCUACCGUUCGUUUCUCUUUCUGCAUAACCGGGAGCAGACCGAGAACUCUGGUAUCUCUGUGGUGAGAGCUAGCAAUGUCGCUACUGUGGCAGCAAAGGGUGGUCGAGUUGCCCACGGUGGUAAUACCGGACCGGAUCUCAACAAGAUGAAUCCUGCAUUGAUGAGGAAUGGCGUGAACGGCAAUGGGGCGAUGGCACCUCCCAAAACCUUUGGACGAGAUCGUGCUCUGGACCAAACUGUCACUAUUCGAAAAGGACCGUACAAAGGCUUGCUUGGCAUUGUCAAGGAUACCACAGACCUCGAAGCAAGAGUGGAGUUGCACACCAAAGGCAAGACCAUUACUGUGCCCAAAGAUACUCUUGGAUUCAAAGACCCUUUGACCGGUCAGAGCAUCGACUACACACGCUUCGCUGGGACACGAGGAAGAGGCGGAGGUGGUCGUGGUGGUUAUGCAGGCAACAUGGGCGGUGCUACUCCCGGAAGAGAGCCCCAGUGGCAAGGUGGCCGCACUCCUGUGCCAAUGGCAACAGGAGGCCGUACGCCAGCGUGGGGAGCAGGUGGUUCAUCAGCUCGAACACCAGCCUGGUCUGCCAACGCCUCAACAGCGCGAACCCCCAUGUGGCGCCAAGACGCCGUGAGCUCCAACGGUGGUGGUCGCACACCCGCCUACAAUGCCGGCGCGGAUGGCUCCCGAACCGUAAACCCCUACGCCGACGGCAGCCGCACCGUGAACCCCUAUGGUGGCUCCACAUCCUACGGUGGUGCUGCAGGAGGAGGAAGCCGCACCCCAGCCUGGAACCCCACUGCCACAUCCUCCUCCUACACACACGACCCCUUCUCCUCCCGUACACCUGCCCACGAACCCUCUUCCGGACGCACACCUGCUCCAUCCUACCCCACUCCUCAAGACUUAAGACCCUAUGAUGCGCCUACACCUGGCAAAGAUUUUACGACAGCGCCGACGCCGGCGGCACAUCCGAGCAAUGGAUAUGCUGGCAGUACGCCUGCGGCGAUAGGAGGGGCGCCGACGCCGAAGUUCAGUGGGGAUGCGCCAACGCCGUUUAGUGGGCAGCCGGAGACGCCGGGGUGGAGGGGUGAAGCGGACGACGAACCUAGGUACGAAGAGGGAACGCCUAGUCCUUAG